AUGAAUGCAGCAACACAAUUAUCGUCAGAUUUCACAUUACCAUAUGUUGAAACAGUUAAUGAAAAACCGAAGGGAGUGAAAACAAGCCGUAUGUUUCAAAAUUUCCUCGUAAUUUGGUUGAAUUCAAAUAAUAGCGAACCAAACGCUGAUUUCGUCGAACAAUUACGCCGGAUCGUCAAUCAUAUAGACAUAUUCGAUGAUGUCGAUGCCUGUAUUGAUUGUCUUACAGAAAUAAAGCAUGAAAAAGUAUUUAUGAUUGUAUCCGGCACCAUUGCUCAAUACAUAAUACCGCUCAUUUAUGAUAUACCUCAACUUCAUUCUAUUUAUAUCUUCUUGAAUAACAUCAUCGUAGCUGAGCAUUGGCUGAAAGUGAAAGGCACUUUUACCGAAAUCGGCUCCAUUUGUGAUUCGCUGAAACAAGCUAUACAACAGUAUGAAGAAAAUUUGAUGUCAUUGAGUUUCCUGACAUUAGAUAAUGUAUCGGAUUCAGAUCAAAAUCAUGUGGAUCAAACGUUUAUGUACUCGCAGAUUCUGAAGGAGAUUAUCUUAGGAAUUAAUUAUGAUGUUGAUUUCGCUAUUAAACAUUUGACCGAGUUUUUACGUGAGAAAGAGGAGNGCUCCAUUUGUGAUUCGCUGAAACAAGCUAUACAACAGUAUGCAGAAAAUUUGAUGUCAUUGAGUUUCCUGACAUUAGAUAAUGUAUCGGAUUCAGAUCAAAAUCAUGUGGAUCAAACGUUUAUGUACUCGCAGAUUCUGAAGGAGAUUAUCUUAGGAAUUAAUUAUGAUGUUGAUUUCGCUAUUAAACAUUUGACCGAGUUUUUACGUGAGAAAGAGGAGGAUUCUUCCGCUGGAAGUGAGAAUUAUGUCAAAUUAGAGCGCGAAUACAAGUUGAAACCGCCUAUAUGGUGGUAUACUUCACAAUCUUACAUUUAUUUGAUGGUAAAUCGUGCUUUACGCACUCAAGAAAUUGAUGAGAUUUUAUUAAUGGGAUUUUUUAUACAUGACCUUCAUGAAAAUAUUGAACAACUCUACGUGAAACAAAACAUAUCUGAUCUAUUGGAAUCAAUAUCUGUAUAUCGAGGACAAGGUUUAUCAAAAGAAGAUUUUGAACGAUUGGUGAAAACCAAGGGUGGACUGAUAUCAUUCAAUAAUUUCUUAUCAACGAGUAUAGACAGACAAGUCGCCUAUAUGCUUGCUGAGAGUAUUCGAGAUUCGACAGAUUUAGUUGCAGUUAUUUUCGAGAUGACAAUAGAUACAUCGAUCUCUUCAUUUCCUUUUGCGCGUCUCUCCGGUGUCACUCAAUUCGAUCAGGAACAAGAGUUUUUAUUCUCUAUGCAUACCGUUUUUCGGAUAGGUGAUAUUGACAGUGUAAAGGGUGAUGAUCGAUUUUGGCAGGUGAAACUUUCGUUGACGAAGGAUAAUGAUCAACAACUCUGUGAUGUUACUAAGAAAAUACGAGAAGAAAUCGAACCAGACUCAUCAGGACAGUAUCAACUAGGAAAAUUGUUACUGAGAUUAGGAGAAUAUGGUAAAGCGAAGCAAUUAUAUGAGGCAAUGCUUAAUUUAGUAUCUGAUGAUAAUGCAAAGGUACAUAUUUAUCUAGGCCUUGGGUCCAUUUAUGAUAAUGAGGGCAAUUACAAAGAUGCUCUCGUGUCUUAUGAAAGAUGCAUGGAGAUUAGUCAAAGAUUGCACACGAAAAAUGAUUCGAAUCUAAUUAAUCUCUACAAUAGUAUGGGUUUGCUGCAUUUGAAUAUGGGUGACUAUUCUACACCACUUCAUCUGUAUCAAACAGCGCUCAAUAUAGCAGAAAAACAAAGUAAUCCAAACGAUUUCACCGUUGCUACUAUAUAUAACAACAUGGCUCUAGUUUAUAUGUACACAGAUAGCUAUUCCGACGCGCUUGAAUACUACAAGAAAUCACUUGAUAUUUAUCAGAAAAUACUUCCUUCUUACCAUCCGAAUUUAGCCUUAGCGUACAAUAACUUCGGUUUGACUCUGCACAAAAUGGGAAAGUAUACAAAAGCACUGGAAAUUUAUGAGAAAGCACUGAAAAUCUGCGUGAGAAUAUUGCCAUCAAAUCACUCGAUUUUUAUUAGUUUAUAUAACAAUCUUGGUGGAGUCUGCGAAAAUCUUGGCGAGUACUUUAAAGCACUCGAAUACCAUAGAAAGUCGUUAGAACUCUGCCAAACAGUAUUCACUUCGAAUCAUCCGUUGGUGGCAUUAUCGUAUAACAAUAUUGGUUUAGUGUAUACACUUAUGGGUGAGUGUUCUAAAGCUCUUUGGCAUUACGAAGAAGGACUGAAGAUUCGCCAAAACAUAUAUCCUGUGAACCAUUACGACGUUGCUAUUUCUUAUGAUCACAUGGGUUCAACGUAUCGUCUGAUGGCCGACUAUUCGCAAGCAAUUAGUUUUCAUGAAAGGGCUCUUGAAAUAUAUCAUACGCUGACCUCAUCACAUGACGGUUUUUUAGCUAGUUGUUAUGUCAACAUGGGCAAUGUAUAUCUCAGCACGGAGGAAUACUUGAAAGCGAUAUCGUUUUACGAAAAAGCGUUAAAUAUUCGUCAAAAUAUGUUAUCUACUGAUCAUUCCGAUUUAGGUAUUUCCUACAAUAACAUUGGUGCUGCAUAUUUUGGCAUCAAAGAUUAUUCAAAAGCCAUCUCAUUUUAUGAAAAAGCACUGGAAAUUUAUCAUCGAAUACUUCCUUCCGAUCACCCCAACUUCAUCCAGUGUUAUAAAAACUUUAGUGCAGCGUGUUUCGAAAAAGAAGAAUUCAGCAAGGCACUUCUAUAUUGUGAGAAACUACUUGAUAUCUACAGAAAAAUUCGCCCUUCCAAUCAUGUCGAAUUGCUAUAUACUCACAGCAAUAUUGCAACGUUAUGCGAAAAUCUGCACGAUUAUCCGAAAGCGCUUUUACAUCGUCAAAAGGAAUUUGAAAUCGGACAAAUACUUUUCCCCGAAAAUCAUCUGGCCUUGUCGACUAUUCUGAUUGACAUAGGUCUGUUAUACGAAUGUAUGAAUGAACACUCCAAUGCACUUUCAUAUUUCCAACGUGCUGUUGAUNUCGAAUUGCUAUAUACUCACAGCAAUAUUGCAACGUUAUGCGAAAAUCUGCACGAUUAUCCGAAAGCGCUUUUACAUCGUCAAAAGGAAUUUGAAAUCGGACAAAUACUUUUCCCCGAAAAUCAUCUGGCCUUGUCGACUAUUCUGAUUGACAUAGGUCUGUUAUACGAAUGUAUGAAUGAACACUCCAAUGCACUUUCAUAUUUCCAACGUGCUGUUGAUCUCGCACAGCAAACAUUACCUUCCGAUCAUCCGGAACUGCAAGUCUUUAGAGCCAAUGCCGAACGUUCUCGAAACGUGGUGAAUAGGAUGUUGGAAAGUAACGAGAACAAUAGCUGCAGUACUGUCGAUAAUGAAACUCUCUAG